CAGCAUCGGUUUUAUCGUCCCGGACAUGGUGUGUUUGGACACCUGCCUGAUCCACCGAAGCGAGUUUUUGAGAGCCAAGGAGGUUUAACCCCAGAAAGUGCACAACGUGUCCAUCUGAUCAACGCAUUCCGCAGAUAUGGAUAUCUGGAGGCUCAGCUCGAUCCGCUCGGUUUGAGAAAUGUAGAAAAGGUUCCGGAAUUGAAUCCAACAAUUUAUGGAUUAUCAUUGGACGAAAAUGUAAAGAGUGGUUAUUCGUUAAAUGAUCUUGCCGAGCAGCUUCGACUCAUUUACUGCGGUCCAACGGCAAUCGAAUUCAUGCAUAUUAAUAACAUGGAGGAACGACAAUGGUUGGCACAAAACUUUGAAAACAUAAUUGCAGAAGAACUUCGGAAGGAAGAGAUUGUUCGAAUUGGAAAUCUGAUGCUGAAAUGUGAAAAUUUCGAUCGUUUCUUGGCUACCAAGUUUCCCACUCUCAAGAGAUAUGGAGCAGAAGGAGCUGAAUCGAUGUUCGCAUUUUUCUCGGAACUUUUUGAAGGAUCAGCUGAAAAAUCAGUUGAGCAGAUAAUUAUUGGAAUUGCUCAUCGUGGACGCCUGAAUCUACUCACCCAACUCAUGGAAUUCCCACCUGUUCACAUGUUCCGUAAAAUCAAAGGACGCACGGAGUUUCCAGAAACCGCAGACGCUUCUGGAGAUGUUCUUUCUCAUCUGGUAUCCUCUUUCGAUUAUAAAGGAGCUGAAGGAAACGUUCACGUCACGAUGCUCCCCAACCCCUCUCAUCUUGAAGCUGUAAAUCCAGUUGCUAUGGGAAAAGCUAGAGCUCGAGCAUGGUCGAUGCGCAAAGGAGAUUACUCUCCUGAUGAGAGAUCUGCUAGAACUGGAGAUGGUGUUCUCAAUGUUCUUGUGCACGGAGAUGGAGCAUUCAGUGGUCAAGGAGUUGUCUGGGAAUCGAUUGCGUUGAGUCAGGCUCCACAUUUCAGACUUGGAGGAACUGUUCAUCUUGUCACUAACAACCAAAUUGCAUUUACCGCUGAAUCCAGUGUUGGAAGAUCGAGUACUCACUGUACGGAUAUUGCAAAAGCUUUUGAGUAUCCAGUCAUUCAUGUAAACGGAGACCAUCCAGAGGAAGUUGUGAAAGCAACCAGAUUGGCCUUAGCUUACAGAGAAAGAUUCCGCAAGGACGUUUUUGUCAAUUUAGUGUGCUUCAGACGAUGGGGACAUAAUGAGCUAGAUGAUCCAACUUUCACGUCUCCAGUUAUGUACAAAGAAGUGGAAUCAAGGGAAUCGGUGCCACGAUUAUUCCUUGAUAGAAUGAUUGACGAAGGAUUGACAACUGAAGAAGCAGUGAAAGAAGAAUUGAAAAAUCAUACGGAGCAAUUAAACAACGAAUUGAAAAAAGUGGAUAGUACUGCGCCAGUGAAUAUCAGUCAUCGAGGAAGCUGGGAAGGGUUUAAACAAGCCCCAAAAGCCAUUGAAUCGUGGGAUACUGGAGUUGCCACCGAUCUUCUUCGAUUUAUUGGAGCUGGAAGUGUGAAAGUACCAGAAGACUUUGACACCCACAAGCAUCUCUACAAAAUGCACAUUGAUUCGAGAUUGUCAAAAAUGCAAUCUGGAGAAGGAAUCGAUUGGGCGACAGCUGAGGCAAUGGCAUUUGGAAGCAUUUUGUUGGAGGGAAAUGAUGUAAGAAUCAGUGGACAGGAUGUGGGACGUGGAACAUUUUGUCAUAGGCAUGCAAUGAUGGUUGAUCAGUCGACAGAUCAGAUUCAUAUUCCAUUGAAUGAACUAGUAGAAAAACAGAAAAAUCAAUUAGAGGUAGCUAAUAAUUUACUAUCUGAAGAAGCAAUUCUUGGAUUCGAGUGGGGUUUCUCAUCAGAAAACCCACGACGCCUGUGUGUCUGGGAAGCUCAAUUCGGAGACUUUUUCAACGGUGCUCAAAUUAUCAUCGACACUUUUGUUGCAUCCGCGGAGAGCAAAUGGCUAACAUCAUCUGGACUUACGAUGCUUCUUCCUCACGGAUUCGAUGGUGCAGGUCCAGAGCACAGUAGUUGCAGAAUGGAGCGAUUUUUGCAAAACUGUGAUUCAAGAGAAGACCAAUCACCUGUGGAUGGAGAGAAUGUGAACAUGAGAGUGGCGAAUCCAACAACAAGUGCUCAAUAUUUCCAUUUAUUGAGACGACAGGUCGUUCCCAACUACCGAAAACCUCUGAUUGUCGUUGGUCCAAAGAUAUUGCUACGUCAUCCGAAGGCGGCCUCUAGAAUCGACGAAUUCGGCCCAGGAACCACUUAUCGAAAUGUGAUCUCAGAAGAUGUUGCAUCUGCUGGAAACAUUAAAAAAGUAAUCUUCGUAUCUGGAAAGCAUUGGAUAGCUGUAGAGAAGAGUCGUGAUGAGAGAGGACUGAAAGAUUCGGUGGCUAUCGUCAGAGUGGAGAUGCUGUGUCCGUUCCCAGUUGUUGAUCUUCAAGCUGUUUUCAAGAAAUAUCCAGCAGCUCAAGAGUUCGUGUGGUCACAAGAGGAACCAAGAAACGCCGGAGCGUGGUCAUUUGUCAGGCCAAGAUUUGAGAAUGCGUUGGGAGUUCGGCUGAAAUUCGCGGGACGCAAAGAACUUGCAUGGACCGCCACAGCUAUCGGCGAACAGCACACCAAAGAAGCCGAGGAGGUGAUUAAUCAAACGUUUGCAUAA